AUGGAUCUCAAGCAUAGUCGUUCAGUGCAGCUGAAUGAUGGAAACUUGAUGCCAGUGCUUGGAUUUGGCACGUUUGCUUCGGAAGAAAUUCCAAAAAGCAAGGCUACUGAGGCCACCAAAGUAGCCAUUGAUGUAGGUUUCCGUCACAUAGAUGCUGCAUACUUCUAUCAAAAUGAGGAAGAAGUUGGACAGGCCCUCCGGGACAAGAUGGCUGAUGGAACUGUGAAGAGGGAGGAGUUAUUCUAUACCACCAAGAUUUGGAAUACCUUCCUUAGACCAGAGUUGGUUCGUCAGUGCUUGGAGAGAUCACUGAAGAAACUUGGGCUGGAUUAUGUAGAUCUCUGCAUUGUUCAUUUUCCAGUUGCUAUGAAGCCUGGGGAGGAACUUCUGCCAAAGGAUGCCAAUGGAAAAAUUAUUUUAGAAAUAGUGGACAUUCGUGAUACAUGGGAGGCACUGGAGAAGUGUAAAGACUUAGGGUUAACCAAGUCCAUAGGGGUGUCCAAUUUCAACCACAAACAGCUGGAAUUGAUUCUGAACAAACCAGGGCUCAAAUACAAGCCCACUUGUAAUCAGGUAGAAUGUCACCCAUAUCUCAACCAGAGCAAACUCCUGGAGUUCUGCAAGUCCAAAGACAUUGUUCUGGUUGCCUACAGUGCCCUGGGAUCCCACAGAGACUCAAACUGGGUCAACAGUGAUAGCCCAUACCUCCUGGAGGAACCUGUCUUAAAGACCAUCGCCCGGAAACACAACCGAUCUCCAGGCCAGGUUGCCCUGCGCUACCAGCUACAGAGGGGUGUGGUGGUUUUGGCAAAGAGCUUCAACGAGAAGAGAAUCAAAGAGAACUUCCAGGUGUUUGACUUUGAAUUGACCCCAGAGGACAUGAAAAUGAUUGAUGGCCUCAAUAAAAAUUUUCGAUAUGCUAAAAUGUCAUUUGCGGUGGAUCACCCUUACUAUCCAUAUUCGGAAGAAUAUUGAGCAUGAGCUGUUAAACAUGACAGAGACUUUCCUCCCUCCAGAUAAUGUGUAUCUGUAUUUGGUGGAGUGGUGGAAAAGCAGUAUUCCUGCCUCCAGGUGCUUGUCUACUGUGACAAAACUAUGAAUCAUAAGAGAGGAUAUUUGUUUGUCCUGAGGAUUAAAAAUAACACACAAGUUGGAGAAUUUAUAAAGUAAAAGGAAAUAUUUGAUGUAGCUUCCUUGAUUUUUGUACAAUCUCAUGUCUACAUUUUUAUUUACAAAAUUAAAAUCAUUUUCAACACAUGGAUCAUAUAAUUUUAAAAUGUAUUUCGUUCAAGUUAUUGAACAUUAUUCAAGAAUUUUGGAGCACUUUUCUGAUUGUAAAGAAAUGGGUCUUAUUAACUUAUUUAGUUUCCUAGUUAUUAAAGCAGAUUUGGGUAAUUUUACUUGUUGGCAGUGGCAUGCACUCUUUUUUCUUUCUAGUAAAACUUUUUUGAAUAUAUUUUUUCCUGAAGCAUUGUUUUAUAAUAAAUUAGGGAAAAAUUAGGCUAAGUUUACAUAUAAAUGUUUUGAGUAUGAAAGUCUACUGAAAGAAGUAGGCUUUCAACAAAGUAAAACCAGAAGCAUUCAAUGAGAAAUGGGGUGGGGGGUAUGCUGGGGAGGGCUCAGAGGGGAAGAGUGUGCACUGCUCUUGGUUCCCAGCACCCAUGUUGGCACCUCACAAUUGCCUGUAACUCCAGCUCCAGGAUGUCUGAGUCCCUCUUUUUUGUCCUCUUUGGGCACAUGUAUUCAUGUGCACCUACUUGCCUUCCCCAACAUAUGCAUAUUAAAAAGUAAA